AUGGAACCCCUACGAGGCGUAUCACGACAGGACUCUGAGAAGUCUGAGGCUCAUCGACAAACCAAUCGUUCCAAUGCUACCAUUCAGCAUGUCGCGGAUACAAUGAUUGCCGUUACUGAAUCUUUUCGCCACCAUUACCAACAACAACAUGGCGGUUACUCCCCAGCAGCUCCAGCUCCCGCUUAUACGAACCUUAACUCUUAUUAUCAACCACGCAGCUAUGCCCACUCCAACAAUCGCUCCAAUUCCAAUUCCAAUUCCCACGCUCGAAGCCCAUCAAGCGUGAGUGAAGUGUCUCAGGGCCUUCUGGACAUGGACAUAGUGAGCCAGAUGACUGCCUCGGACGUGUCACCUGUUUCACCUCCUCGAAACAAUUACAUGCCUACCAUACUUAUGCCAGGACGAUAUCCGAAUGCUGAAACGGAUUCUCUUCUUGACCGAGAGCUAGAGCCAGAUAUGACUGAAACCUCUACUCGCAUGCCUGAAGACUUAAUUCGACUCGCAACACCAAAUUUACCACCACGACUGGACACUCCUCACACACCAUCUCACUGCUUUAGCGUUCCUAUAACUCUCGCGGAUCCUCAAUCUUACGUACCUCCGGCUUCAAAUGCAGGUCUACAUCCAGCGGACUUUUCAGUCAACCGCGGCGGAUUUGUCCAAGCCACGAGAGGUUUUGAAGCUUUCAGAUCGACGACGCAGCAUCAUCAAUACAUGGUUCUCAGACCUGAUAUGGGUACCCGGGAGUUACCACUAGGCACAGUUACACAUAUACGCGCAGGCUCUGAUCCAUAUUCGGCUUCAUCUGCUACCCAGGGUCUGCGCAGGAAACCUCUCAACGAAGGAGCCAGACAGAUUGUGUUUAACCACCCCUGCAAUGAGGGCCUCUUCGUUACUGUCAUCUGCAUGGCCCAGCUCCUGACAUAUGCUAGCCUUGCGCAAACUUUGACAUCGGCACGACGAAUUGGCGAAUCAUUCUUCGAACCAGAGCGUACGACACACCUUGCGUGGUUUACUUCGGCAUACAUGCUGAGUUAUGCUGCAACAAUCCUUCUGGGAAAUCGGAUCGGAAACGUAUGUGGCCAGAGACAAGCCUUUGUUGCCGGUUAUUUUUGGUUUGCGCUCUGGAGUCUUUUGACCGGUCUGAGCGUGUAUGUGCACAGUUUCGGAGGAGCUGUCUUCUUCUGUAUCUGUCGUGCAAUGCAAGGCAUUGGCCCAGCACUCAUUAUUCCCAAUGGCUAUGGAUUGUUGCUCAGGGCUUAUCCUCCCGGACCUCGCAAGAUGGUUGCUAUGGGCCUGUUCGAUGCCUCUGCCCCUUGUGGGUUCGUCGUUGGCUCCGUCAUGACAGGGCUUUUCGCCAAAUAUGCGUCCUGGCCAUGGGCUUUCUACUGCUUAGCUGCAGUUUGCAUGGCCCUCGGUAUCUCAAGCAUGCUUGUGGUUCCUGCCAAAAGAGUUUUGGUCCAUAAUUUCGAAGGCAACCUUUGGAAACGCCUAGAUGUAUUUGGUUCUGUAACUGGCAUUUCUGCAUUGGUUCUGUUCAGUGUUGGCUGGAACCAAAUACCCAUUGUAGGAUGGGACACCCCGGAAGCAUACAUCUUAAUUUUUACAGGAUUAUUGCUCAUUCCAUUGUUCAACUACUCCGAGUCCCAAGCUAGCCAUCCUCUGGUGCCAUUCAAGCAAAUUCACAUCACUGCUGGUAUUACACUUGGCUUUGUGACUGCCGCUUCGGCAGCGUUUGGGAUUUGGGUCUGGUAUUUUGCCCAGUUUAUCGAAGCUUUGAGAGGAUGGGGGCCUCUACUCACGAGCGCUGGUCUUGUACCGAUACUAGUAAUCGGCGUUGUUGUUGGCUUUGCCUGCUGGCCUUUUGCAAACCGCGACUUCACCGCCCAGCUUGCUAUGGUGAGUUCGUCAAUAGCAAUCUUGAUCAGUUCCGCUUUGAUGGCUACAGCUCCAGCAAAACAGGAGUAUUGGGCAAAUUCGUUUGUUAGUGCUAUCUUUAUGGGAGUUGGUAUGGUCUUGAUAAUCCCAUCCGCUUCGACAGUGCUCGGGCGAGAUGUCCCUGAAGGACAGCUGGGACUUGCAAGUAGCCUUGCCAACAUGGCGGCAGCAUUCUCUUUUUCUGUUGGACUUGGUAUGGCAGGAGCUGUAGAAAUGGGAAAGAAAAACAAUAGGAAUCCUUUGGGAGGGUACCGCGACGCACAGUAUUUUGGUCUGGGACUUGGUGGGCUGGCCUUCAUCCUGGCCCUUGGUCUACUUGGCGCGGCAUUGCUUCGGCGUCGCAGGGAUUGA